AUGACCUUGAGCACGCUUUGCCAAGACUUCCUGGUGGAUGAAAACGCAGAUCCGGUCAUCAAAGAGGAGGUCUAUCGAUACUAUGGCACCUUUACGAGAACAGUGCUUUCGAUGUUCGAAAUUUUGUUCGCCAAUUGGGGACCUGCCUGCAGAGUGUUGGUGGACAAUGUCAGCGAAUGGUUCUCGCUCUUUUUCCUGGCCUACCGUUGUGUGCUGGGUUUUGCAGUACUCAACGUCGUGAACUCGGUCUUUGUGCAGCAGACGAUGAAAACCGCCAGUUCGGAUGAAGAUUUGGCCUUUCGCCAGAAGGAGAAGGAUGUGGCUUCCUACACUCGAAAGCUUCGACAUGUCUUCCAAACCAUGGACACGGGCGGUGACGGCACCAUCAACUAUGAGGAAUUCUCCAAGUUGGUCUCCAACCCGAAACUCAAGUUUUGGAUGAGCCAACUGGAGUUGGAAUAUCAUGAUUUGAUGAGCCUCUUUGAGUUCCUCGACAAUGGGGAUGGAGAAAUCACACUGUCAGAGUUCAUCGAGGGUGCCACGAAGCUUAGAGGUCAGGCGAAAGCAUUGGACAUCUGGCGGAUGGAGACCAAAUUGGAGGUUCUCUUCGAGGAGGUGCUGCAGCUUCUCAGUGUCACUUCAGGUCCCAACGGUCCCAGUUCCGCCGUGCCCGAUGAGCCCCCGCCCGAUGAAGACGAGCAAACCGAGUCCAAACCAGUGCUGAAGAGGAUGGCUUCUCAGAGUGUGGAGGAGGUCUUCGCAGCUUCCGCCUACAAACACAUUAGGAGCACCAAGGGAACUCGGCUGACAGAUGAUGAGAAGCUGGACAUUUAA